UACGUUUAGCAGUAAAAGUGUGCUUUCGCUUUAUACGUGUCGUUCUUUUCAUGAAAUGAAAAUGAUAAUAAAAUCUUAGGCACAAACCAAUUUAGUUUGCUGUUAUUGUAUGUAAACAUUGUGGCUACAUAUGUAACUCUGUACGCUUUUUAGUGUUAAUAUUUGCCUGACCGCUGUGGCAUGUUUACUGGAGUCUGUCGGUAAAAUAAACUGUUUGUUUCCUAAUGUAGCAUAGCCGUAGACAUCGGGAAAACUAGUGUCCAUUGAGAAAAAAUCUUUAGCGUGUUUAAUAACAGCUAUUAGUUAUUGACUUAUUUCUUUGGUGCCUGUCACGUGGAGCUUGCGUUGGAUGGUAUAUCGCUGUUGUUCUAUCGGAAUUUAUUUUUAAGUCUAACAGGGACGGCGUCGCUCUUUUAAGCAGGAAAAAUCACAAUCGUAGAUGGAGCUUUAAAAGACGUACUACACUGUGCUAAAUAAUUCUACUUCAUUUCUAGAACAGAAUAAUUAUGUUUGGAUGAUAAAAAUAAGAACGUUAUAACGUUGCUUUAAAUUUUGGAGAAGUUUGCGAUGAUUUAAAAAAUAGUUGACGAACAUUUGAGUGACGCACUGUUGUGAUGAUAUGGAAUCUUAAAACAUGUGGAAAAGUAAAUGGAAUAAAUUGUGAGAAUUUUCUUUGAUGGUUUGAGCCAGCAUAUAGGAUGCCAAACUUCACAAGCACCACCAAUGGGUGCCUGGAAACGGACCUCGAUGCCGAACAGCCGAAAAUCAUCAUCCACGUUGCCAUGGGGAUGGUGGCGUUGUUGUCCGUCUGCGGAAUCAUUGGCAAUGCCCUGGUUAUACUCGCGUUCUCUCGACAGAAGCACAAGCUCAGCUCAACCAUAUUUAUCCUGACACUCGCGGUAACAGAUUUUCUGACAUCGUUGAUCACAAUGCCUUAUACAGUGGUUAUAGAGUUGAUGGACUUUUACAUCUGGUACGACUUUCCUUGCAAACUAUACCAGUUCAUGAAGACAACUACUAUACCAUUCUCUGCCUUUGUCAUGGUUGCAAUUGCACUGGACAGGUAUUUGUGUAUUGUUUACCCAUUCAAACACAUAAUGACCAUUAAACGGGCAAAAAUAACAGUUGCUACGCUCGCCCUUUUGGCCUUUGUAAUCGGAGUUAUAUGUUCGCUUAUGAUCGGGACCUAUCAUAUCGUUCCUCCAGACAAACCAGAGUGUAUAGUGAAAAACGACAACUCGAGCCAGGCAGUUAUUUACAGAAGCGAACCUUUGUCGAGUAGUGCCAAUUUAACAGUUAUGUAUGAAAUGCACGUACCUCGAAACUCGCUUGAAGGCACUGUUGACAACAUCACGAAAGUUAAACCGCAACCUGGAGACAUAGUCCAGACUGGCAUGUGUAGGCGAAGCCAUGUUAUAUUUGGACCAAAGUUCUUUGGCGUUUACCAACACCUUUAUUCGUCACUGUUUGGCGUCUGUGCGGUCAUGGUGAUUAUUCUAUAUGGACUAACCUAUCGUUCUGUUCUUGCACACAGACGGAAGCGUCUUAACAUAAGCAAUAAAUGUUGUGGAAUUCUCUCUCGCAACAUGGAAGAAGAGACCACAAUAGAACACAACGAAUGUACCACAUUACACAACGUUGAACACUCCCCUGCUACAAAUGGCAAAGACAGGGAAAGCAUCCGUAUGACGGACACAUACAGGGAAAGGGCGGGAACCGUUGAUUCUACUGGUAACGACACUAAUGGGCAAUCGCAGCAGAAUAACCACAACAAUAAGCCAGAAACGGACGCCCACAUAAAGCCAGCGGGGGUAUCCCGGGCAAAACUGAAGCGUUUGAGAGUUGCAAACAUAAAAACGGCCUUAAUGUUAUCGAUUGUCGCUUUCAUUUACAUUUUAGCCUUCACUCCAGCUUGGAUGAUGGCUCUUCACGUAUUGUCGAUGAAUGUGAUUGUUUAUUAUCUCUAUUUCACGUACAAUGUAGCCAACCCUGUCAUCUAUGCUUUUCUAAACAACAACUUCCGAACGCACCUGCAAGCUAUGUUCCAUUGUAGGCAAUAACAUACUAAUUGGUACGAAAGGAAGUGCGAACAAAUUGUGUGAAAAUGAACGUGACCAAUACAAAAGAUGGAAAUACUCUGUGUCCAAUGGAUCUCUUAGCAAUUGAUAUUUCCAAUUUUGCAAAUAGUCAGUGUGAUAUUAAUGAAAUGAUGAAACAAAAUAUCAAAAGAGAAGUUUAUUGCCGAAAACUAUUGUGUUUCUAUAUGAUAAUGUUUCAUGUUGUUUACGUUAAAAUUGUAUAUACUACUGUUUUCCCUUCGUUGUUAUAUCAGUGUGUGUAUACCAUGUGAUUAAUUGCAACAUAUAUGCUACGUCGGAAGGCAAUAUUUUGUUUUGAAAAAAGACUUUAAACAAAGAUAACUUCACUUUUUCUUCACCAUUUUAAAUGAAACAUAGCGCAGUCUUUGCCGCUUAAGGAGCCCUGCGUUCGAUCUUUAACCGGAGUUUGAUUGAGGGUACAGUUUCUUAAAACACUUAUUCAAACCUUUUUCACAAUACGGCCGUCUGACGGAGCACUGUCAAAACAUUAUUUUGGGAAACAGGAUUGUCGAAGUGUUUGAUGAAACUAAUCACCUUAUCAAAUUUCGAAAAUAAAAUGGUGUUGUAAAAGAAAAGUUAUCUUUGAUUUUAGUCUUCAUUUUAAGCAAAAUGUUGCUUUUCGACGUAGCAUUUAUGCGGUAAUUUAUCACGUGGUACACACACACUGUAUAUGCUACAUUUUGUAAAUUUCGAUAUAGUGUACUUAUGUAAUAUACGCUAGUAGAAUAUAGUGAUAUCUGUAGUUUGGCUAAUGCUACUAGAGGUGCAGGGUGCAUAACUUGUAUUCGGUUCAUUUUAAAUCUCAUCUUUUUUUGUUUGAACUAUCUAUUUUUCAAUAUCAAUGUUGGUGAUAAUUAUAAAAUCGCACAUGGGUGUGUUUUGUAUCUAUUUUUUUCUUUUUCUAUUUAAUCUAAAAUUCCAUUUUCUUAAAGAAAUGUGAUUGUAAUUAUUCUGAUAUGUGUUGACAUAUUCCUUUACUCGUCCAAUGUGUUCUCUAUGUAUAUGACCUUGAUUUGUUGAACCUUGUACAGAUUAGAUUUUGAACCAAGAUAAUACCCUAAGCAGCUAUUGCGUAUUUCCGUCUCAUUUCUCUCUCCGUUAUUCAGUUUAUUAUCGUAUCAUUACCCAUUCGGAACUCUUCGGCCAUUUCUAUCGAAAACAACCGCGGAUGUUUGCCGGUACAUCAGUAGAAGUAAUUCGUAUUUUUUUUAAUUAUAUCAUUAAUUGUAUGUAGUGUUUUUAGCUGGUAUUGUUUUAUCUAAGUCUCAAUCGACUGCCAGUCAAAUGUAUUAUUACAAACAUUAUUAAGAUUCCAAAUAGUUAAGUCAUUAUGUUCAACUGCUAAAUUACUACGCGAUCUACUUGCAGCGGACUUAAAAAUACCGAUUUCUGAGUAUGUAAACCGUCCAUAUACAAGUUUGUUUUCGAUAAAACGAGGAGAAACGAAUGCAUCAAUACCAUAACCAUGGCAUCAUUAAUAUAAAUAUGACGUCACUUCUCAUAGUCCACGACAUUAAAAGGUGUACAUUUUUUUUCAAGGUCACCUUUUGGUCUGCCACUACUAAAUGAUUAUCAUGUACAUAUUGCCAUUAGGAGAAUGAUAUAGUAUACAUUUAUUAUAGUUGGUGUAAAAAUCAAAUACUUUUUACAAUCAUCAUUUUUGGCCGAUUUCCUGAACACGCUCAGUUUUGUUUCUGUUUACCAUUUAGUAAGGAUCUUUAGAACUAAAUGUUCUGUCUCAUAUGCGAAAAAUGCUAUGAGUGCGUCAAGAUAUUGGAUAACGUUUGCAUGCCGCUAGUUUGCGAUGAAUCAAAAAAAUAAAAAAAAAACAUCGUAUCAUUAAAACUGUUAUUUUUAGAUGAUUUUUAACUUUGUAAAAUAAGAUUAUCACUUUUAGAAUGACUCUUGCUCUAAAUCAAUACAUAUACAUGUAUAAAAAACAUUGAUCUUAAGUGAUAAUCAAUUAACUUCUUCCUAAAUAAUGCAUUUAUGGAAAAAUAAUUACUGAUAACAAGAUUCUAACUGUGUAUUUAAUAGCUGAAUACGCACAAUUUUUAAAUGAUUGGUGAGUGCGUAAAGAAAUUACUGCGAUCAACUAUCAUCUCAUAAGGUAGAAAUACCGUGUUGUCUGCACCUUUCUUUCAAUUUAAACACGGUAUCCUUCAUAAAAGACAUUGAAUUCGACAAUUAUUAAUCCUUUUCGUUAUAUCAAAAUAAAUUGUAUUAAUUUUCGUAAAUCUUAUUUGUGAGUAAGAGUGCAUCUUUAAACUGAUUAUCUAUGGCACAAUGAAGUAAUGAUACCAUUUUUAUCCAUGCCCAUCACCCAUAACCCUAAACCAAUCCUUUUAUAAAGUACUUUUGUUUCCUGAAGUAUGCUUCACAUACUAAAUGAUUUAAAUUUAAAUGCCAGUUGUAUUAAAAGGGCAUUAGAAAAUGUACUUUGCUAGUGUAGAUUAUAAUAUUUACUUCAUGAUAAUUUCUAGGUCGACUUAUUAUGAUAUUGUAAAAUCAUAUAUUUCAAUAAAUAUGGCGUAGUU